AUGACUAUUGAUUAUUAUUUGAUGCCCAUAACUCGAUUAGAUCGGUUAAUCGAUGCUAUCGGAGAUAACCGCUCGAUAUCAGUUUGAUUAUAUUAGUCCAAAAUUCAUCCGCAACUGGUUUAGUUCGUUUCGUACCGUAUCGCAUUGAAUCUGUGUCUAUAGCCGAAGCCAUUGUUCAACCAUACAAAGAAUUCAAUCUUCAUGUGCCGUCUUCUCCAUGUCUAAGCGACUUGUGCCGCAGUUUGUCAGAAGUACGGGUGGCCAUCAGUCCAAUCGUUCCGAUUUUGAAUGGGUGUUAAGAAUAAGAUAUUUCUUCUAGGUUUCAGUGCCGGUGCAAUUCCAUUUCUCAACGAAAGCAUGACGUAUCAAGUGACUGAAGAGGAUGCCGGCGAUGAACCCGCCGAUCAACCGGCUCUCCAGCAACGUGACACUUCGCAGGCAUCCAACAAUGGAAACUACCAGAGCAAUCUCGCACUGUCAUCAACUCCGGUUUUCGCCCGAAGCAAAAGUGACCUGAAUAUGGCCAAUAGUGACUCAGUGAGUAACUCACCGACCACCUCCAGUGGUUAUGUAGAACCUCAUGCUCUGGGCUACUCUUCUACGACGAUGGUUCCCGUGACAAGACCCACAACGAGCAGAAUACGCCGAGCUGCUUCGAUACUUCCGCCGAUCCCACCACGAGACAUGGACGUAGUCACCCACCGGAGGGUCAACUCAAACUCUGAAGCCAACCCGUAUGACUUUUCCAAAAGUAUCGCCGAGUCGGCGAUGGACAUCUCCCUGUUGACAGCCAAUGCCAACCAGCUGAGACUGCUCAUUACGUACAACCAGGGAUCACAGACGUAUAUGGCGUGCAUAACGUUCAUCAUCAUGUCCCUGGUGUUGCAGAUGUUGGUUGCCGUGACAAUGAUCAUUGUUUCUUUGAUGAAACAAAACCUCAUGGAUACAACUCGCCAGAAGCUAAAAAUCAUCACCUCGGUCGGGGUGGCAAUCAUAACGAUGAUCAACAUUCUGGUGGCAUCGCUGGUGGUGGCAGAAACUCCCAGCAGCAGCAUGUCCGCCAGAGCCGGUACCAUCAUGAUGAUGGAAGCGAUGCCGGCGACCUUAGCUGCUACCGUAGCCAGCACAACCGCCAUGCCGCUUAUAACCAGUACCAUCGGUGCCGUCAGUGCCAGUACCGUAGGCAGCAGCACAGUAGAAACCUUGCUGGACGGUGGGUUAAGUACCCUGGCGUCGAAUUUACUUGCCAAUAUAACUGCAAGGUUUCCAGAACCGACAUCUCGGCCACCCGGGUUCUGCCGCCAGAAGCACAAAUACUACGCCAAGCUCAGCAUCGACACCGGUCUACUGGUCACCACUCUGAUACAGCUCCGGCUGGUCCUGCGAGCCGAUAAGGAAUCCUACCCGAUUCUAGUCUAUGUCCUGUUAGGUUUGAUAACCCUGUCGCUGGUUUUCCAAGUGCUCAUCAUGAUGCUGUACAUUUUCGUCCAUUACUUCAAAAAUCGAGCUGAUUACCCCAAGACGAAAUUUGUGAUCACGGAGAUGAUCUUCAUCGUUACAAUUCUGAAUGCUGUGUGCGCAGUGCUGUUGGAGGCUCUCUUGGAGCCUAAAUAA